GGCCAAUCUUUCUCUUUGUCUUGGUUCGAUUAUAAGAAUUAUUCAAGUCUCUUCGAGUUUGGUAUCUGAAUUAUCAAUCUCAAAGAUCCAUCUCGGUUGAUCCAGGGAUUCCUACAAUCCAACCAAACAGCUUGAUCCUUCUUCACCAUGAAAACCCUCGGGACUGGAAAUGAAGCCCCUGACGACUUGGACUACACCGAUCCUACACUUAAGUUCAAGACACUCGUGCGCGCGGAUGACUACACGGUUUCCCUGGGCCCUGACAGAGACGAGCUCUGCUGCAACUGCGGAUGGAACACGCGUAACCAGCAAGAAUCUUCUUACGGAUCCCGGGUCAGGAUAAUCCACACUCGCGACAACAGUGCGAUCUGGACAAUUGGGACCCAAUGGAUCCUCCGGGACCAGCCACGCGAUCGCUUUCUUGGGAACAAUUACAUCACUCUGAAGUUUCUCCACGAGCAACGGGGCUUGAACAUCCCUAUCCCGCAAGAAAUACGUCGCUUGGGCAAGCCAACGGAUCCCAUACAAUUUACCUUGGAGUCUCGGGUUCCAGGCAACCCCCUCAGGGGGUUUUGGCCUACCCUGUCCCAGGAAGAGAAGGCCGGCUACAGCCGUCAGAUCGUUGACUUUCUCAGACAAUUAAGACAGUUCACCGCACCUCGGCCUCAAAAGGUCGACGGCAGUCAGCUCGACGAUGUUUUUCUCGCCGAAUGCUUGAGCAAUCAACCCGGCAACUGUUUCAAGAUUGGAUACUCGGCCGACGAAUGGUUGGACAACCUUGGACCUGACCUCCGCAUGGGACUGUCGAAAAUUCACAAGACUGUGGACCCUGUCGUCAUCGAGGAGAAGUUCCAGGAGCUCAAGGCCAGUUUUCCAAGUUGCGAGCCCUACGUCCUCACGCAUGGGGACCUCAACCUCUCCAAUAUCAUUGCCAAGGACGGAAAAAUACAAGGUAUCGUCGACUGGGAACGGGCGGGAUACUAUCCUUGGUGGAUGGAGCAGCAGCUACUUUGGAAGCAAGGGGACAGCUACAUGCACGAGUUACUUGGCCCGGUGUGGGAGGAGCUCAUGCCAGAAUUUGAUCCGCCGGAGCUCAUUGAAAAGAAGAUAUUCCCGGCGGCGAAGGCUUUUGGCUAUUGCGACCAUGACCAUCUAGGUAUCGGAAAGGGCUAGUCGAAACCCCCCUUUUGCAAAUGCCGGCCUGUCCAAGGCGGUUUUUCUGCGAAAGACUGGGGCAUGCCGCUAUCCUGCAAAAUAACGGGUUUGAGAGCGGAACAAGAGGCUCUUCUGGAGGGAUACAAGAGAAAAGACCCAUGGGCGGAAGAU